UCCUCUUUCUCCUCCUUACGAUUCCCCCUCCAUUUCCUCCAUUCCGCUCGUUUUUGAUAUCGUGCGGUGGUCUGCGAUUUGAUUUCUUUUCAUUUCGGGCGUUUCUUUGAAUGAGCGGUUUAUUUCUCUCGUUCAUUCCCUCUCCCUAAACUAUAACCCCCCCACACACACGACAUAGGUCAGAUAUCCUGUCGCCUAGACGCGCAAUCCGGGGAAGUCGGCAACAACAACCAUGGGACACUCACGUCGUCCAGUAGGUGGUGGGGAGAAGAAGAGCCGAUUCGGUCGCUCCAAGGCAGUCGCUGAUGUGGGCGACGGUCGACAAGGCGGGGGAAAGCCCCAGGUCAGGAAGGCUGUCUUCGAGACCACGAAGAAGAAGGAGAUUGGUGUGUCGGAUCUUACGCUGCUCAGCAAGAUUUCGAACGAGGCCAUCAACGAUAACCUGAAGUUGCGAUUCGAGCAUGACGAGAUCUACACGUAUAUUGGACAUGUGCUGGUGUCUGUUAACCCGUUCCGAGACUUGGGUAUCUAUACCGACCGCGUCCUCGAAUCCUACCAGGGAAAAAACCGACUCGAAGUCCCGCCCCACGUCUUCGCGGUCGCCGAAUCCGCCUACUACAACAUGAAGUCCUACAAAGAUAACCAGUGUGUCAUCAUUUCGGGAGAGUCGGGAGCGGGAAAGACAGAGGCCGCGAAGCGCAUCAUGCAGUACAUUGCCAGUGUGUCGGGAGGCAGCGAUUCGUCCAUCCAAAUGACCAAGGACAUGGUGUUGGCCACCAACCCAUUGCUCGAGUCGUUUGGUAAUGCGAAGACGCUGCGCAACAACAACUCGUCUCGUUUCGGGAAAUACCUGGAAUUGGAGUUCAACGCGAACGGCGAGCCGGUGGGUGCUCACAUCACCAACUAUCUGCUGGAGAAAUCGAGAGUGGUGGGGCAGAUCACAAACGAACGGAACUUUCACAUCUUCUACCAGUUCGCGAAGGCUGCGCCUCAGAAGUAUCGAGACAUGUUCGGUCUUCAAACGCCCGAUGCGUACCUCUACACCAGCCGAUCGAAAUGUUUCGACGUCGCCGGCGUUGACGAUGGCGCCGAUUUCAGAGACACGUUGAAUGCGAUGGGAGUUAUCGGCAUGACGGAAGCCGAGCAGGAUGAUGUUUUCCGCAUGCUGGCCGCGAUUCUGUGGAUUGGAAAUGUACAAUUCCGGGAAGACGACUCGGGCAAUACGGUGAUUACCGACCAGUCUGUCGUCAACUUCGUCGCCUACCUUCUCGAGGUCGAUGCCGAACAGGUCAACAAGGCGCUUACGAUACGUGUUAUGGAAACUGCCCGCGGAGGGCGCAGAGGCUCGAUCUAUGAGGUGCCGUUGAACCCGGCGCAGGCGCUGGCCGUGCGGGAUGCUUUGUCCAAGGCGAUCUAUUUCAACCUGUUUGACUGGAUCGUGGCCCGUGUCAAUCAAUCCUUGACUGCCCGAGAACCGGUCGCCAACUCGAUUGGUAUCUUGGAUAUCUACGGGUUCGAGAUUUUCGAGAAAAACUCUUUCGAGCAGCUGUGCAUCAACUAUGUCAAUGAGAAGCUGCAGCAGAUCUUCAUCCAGUUGACGCUUAAGGCUGAACAAGACGAGUACGCGCGGGAGCAAAUCCAGUGGACUCCGAUCAAGUACUUUGACAACAAGGUUGUCUGCUCGCUGAUUGAGGACAAGCGUCCUCCUGGUGUUUUCGCUGCCCUCAACGACGCCUGCGCGACCGCCCACGCGGACCCGGGCGCCGCGGACAACACGUUCGUUGGAAGGUUGAACUUCCUGUCGCAGAACCCUAACUUCGAGAACCGACAGGGCCAGUUUAUCGUCAAGCACUACGCCGGUGACGUCAGCUACGCCGUGGAAGGGAUGACCGACAAGAACAAGGACCAGCUGCUGAAGGAUCUACUGAACCUUGUUGGGUCGAGUGGCAACCCGUUCAUUCGUACGCUCUUCCCCAACCAGGUCAACCAGGACGACAAGAGACGCCCGCCCACGGCUAGCGACAAGAUCAAGGCCUCUGCCAACGACCUGGUGACAACCCUAAUGAAGGCCCAGCCGUCCUAUAUCCGAACAAUCAAGCCGAAUGACAAUAAGGCCCCGAAAGAAUUCAAUGUCGGCAAUGUUCUGCACCAGAUCAAAUACCUGGGUCUGCAGGAGAACGUGCGGAUUCGCCGGGCUGGAUUCGCCUACCGUCAAACCUUCGACAAGUUCGUGGAGCGGUUCUAUCUCCUGUCUCCCAAGACGUCGUAUGCGGGCGAUUACACGUGGACCGGGGACGCAGAAUCUGGAGCUCGUCAGAUCCUCAAGGAUACCAGAAUCCCGUCGGAGGAGUUCCAGAUCGGUGUUACCAAAGUGUUCGUCAAGACGCCGGAGACGCUGUUCGCCCUGGAGGCGAUGCGUGACAAGUACUGGCAUAGCAUGGCCAUUCGGAUCCAACGCGCGUGGCGCAACUACCUCCGUUACCGGACGGAGUGUGCCAUUCGGAUCCAGCGCUUUUGGCGCCGCAUGACCGGUGGGCUUGAACUUCUCAAGCUGCGCGACCAAGGUCACAAGGUGCUCCAGGGGCGCAAGGAGCGCCGGAGAAUGAGUAUCCUCGGUUCGCGACGAUUCCUCGGAGACUAUCUGGGUCUGGGGAACAAGGGUGGGCCGGGCGAGAUGAUCCGCAACGGUGCAGGCAUCGGGUCGGAGCCUAUCCUUUUCUCUUGCCGUGGAGAGAUUCUGAUAUCCAAAUUCGGACGAUCCAGCAAGCCCGAGCCUCGGAUCUUGGUUUUGACACCGCGGCAUGUAUACAUUGUGGCGCAAAACAUCGUCAACAACCAGCUGCAGAUUUCCUCGGAGCGAACGGUGCCCAUCGGGGCUAUCAAGUCGGUCAGCACAUCCAACUUGAAGGACGACUGGUUCUCGCUGGUGAUUGGGGCGCAGGAGCCUGAUCCCCUCCUGAACUGCGUUUUCAAGACCGAGUUCUUCACCCACCUCACCAACGCCUUGCGUGGACAGUUGAACCUGAAGAUCUCGGAUAACAUCGAAUACAACAAGAAGCCCGGCAAGCUGGCUGUCGUGAAGGUCGUCAAAGACCCGAACGUCGGGCGAGUCGACACGUACAAGAGCCACACGAUCCACACGAGUGCCGGAGAGCCUCCCAGCUCAGUGUCUAAGCCCACUCCCCGAGGGAAACAAGUGGCCGCGCGGCCCGUGACCAAAGGAAAGCUGCUUCGUCCGGGCGGUCCGGGAGGUGGCCCCUCGAAGUUGGCGUCUCGACCCGCUCCGGCACGCCAGCCUAUGCCCCAACCCACGCCCCAAGCUGCACCUGCGCCCCGACCGGCGCCUGCACCUGCGCCCCGACCUGCGCCUGCACCUGCAUCCCGACCAGUACCACAACCCGUGGCCGCUGUCGCUGCGUCCCACGCGCGCACUCCUUCGUCCGGGUCUAUGAGAGCACCGCCGCCGCCUCCGCCCGCGAGCCCUCCGGCCCCGAAGAAGGCGACCGCCAAGGUGCUGUACGACUUUUCCAGCGGCCAGGCCAAUGAACUGGAUAUCCGCUCCGGUGAAAUCGUGCAGAUCAUGUCGAAGGAAGCCAACGGCUGGUGGCUCUGCAUGAACCCCACAACAUCCGCCCAAGGUUGGACGCCAGAGGCCUACCUCGAAGAGCAAGUUGCCCCCACCCCGAAACCCACGCCGCCCCCUCCGCCACCGGUUGCGCGAGCCAGCCCGGUGCCGUCCACCAACGGCGCUGCCACGGCAGCCGCAGCCAAGUCCAAGCCGACGCCCCCAGCUCCGCCAGCCAAGCGACCGAACAUGGCGGGCCGCAAGACGGCCCCAGCGCCCCCACCCGCCCCACGCGACAGCGCAGUGAGCAUGAACUCGCAGGAGUCACCGAGCGGAUCCGGACGGGCGACGCCGAACAGUGCCCUCGCUGGAGGAUUGGCGGAGGCGCUGCGACAGCGACAGAGUGCGAUGCAGGGGAAGCGGGAUGAUGAUGAUGAUUGGUGAUUUUCACCUUUCUUUUCGUUUCUUUUUUUUCUUUCUUUUUUCAUUUUUUUGACUUCUCUUUUCCCUUUUUUAUCCUUUUUUUUUUCUUCGUGUAGAUGGUUGGUAUUUGGUAGUUGGCAUCGUGCAUACCCAUUGUUAGAUCAUA